AUGGCCGUCGCCAGAGUCGUCCUGUACCGCGCCCAGCGCGCCGACCCUGCACGCGUCGCCAAAGCCGCCCGCAUCGUGCGCUCCAUUCGAGGCCGGUACCGCGCCCAGGCCUUCCUGUUCCUCGCCUACCACUUCUUCCUCUCUGCGCCGCUGCACCUCGACGUCUUCGUGCUCUUCUUCAUCCUCGUCAGCAACUUCAUGAACCGCAGCCACGCCUUUCCCACCCACAUGUUCCUCGACGGCCUGCGCUUCCUGCUCGACGAGCGCCGCUUCCUCAUGCCCUGA